CCUCUAAUGCCAUCUACGCUGCAAUACGUCUUACAACCCAUGACGCUGCAGUGCACAGUUCCAGAGAAGGAUAAGGGCCUUCAGAAGAGAGCCAAGCUGUUAGGGGCGGAGCCUGAUGUCUAUGGGCGGGGUCAACUACAGAAUAGAGGCGGAGCCAGCAGAGACAGAGAGACCAACGGUCUCAAUGGAGGACUGGACUCAGACGACAACGACAGAGAAGAGGAUGGCAUGUACCCUCUGCAGGAGGAGGAGAGUGGUUGUGAUGAAGAUGAUGACGAGGAGAACGACGAGGAAGAGGAAGAUGAGGAGGCCAGGGAGGAAGAGGAGGAGUUUGACAGCGAUGAGAGCCUCGUGGACUCCGACUCCGACUCCGAUGAGAAAGUGGUGAGUUUCCAGGCGGACUUGGCCGACCUGACGUGUGAGAUCGAGAUCAAACAGAAGCUGAUAGACGAGCUGGAGAACAGCCAGCGGAGACUCCUGAUGCUCAAGCUGCAAUACGAGGAGAAACUCAUCACACUGCAGAACAAGAUCCGAGACACACAGCUGGAGAGGGACAGAGUACUCCAGAACCUCAUGUCUAUGGAGAACUACACAGAGGAGAAGGCCAGUCGCAUCAGAGCGGACUAUGAGAAGAGAUUAAAGGAGAUGAACAGAGAUUAA